UCUUCAUGCAUGAUAACUUAAAUCGCGAUGGUAUGUGAUCCAUGACCAUCUUUGUUAAUUGAUCCUUCACCGGCGAGGCGAUCACUACUGUACUGUGGAUAUAGAGGCAGCAGUUUAAUUUGGAAGAAGACCUGUCCAUCCAUCCCUCUAGCUGAUAGGGAACAAGACAUACCAAACAGGACUGGAGCUACUCAAAAAUUUGAGGAAGGAAACACUUUACAGAGCUCAGAUUGUGGACAAGCUUUGCCAAACCGGAGUGGAGCUAAUCAGAUAUUUGAGGAAGGAAACACUUUAAACAAUUACUCAGAUAUGGAACAAGACAUACCAAACAGGACUGGAGCUACUCAAACAUUUGAGGAAGGAAACUCUUCAAAAGACUCAGGAGAUUAAAACACUGGCAGGGAGGUGGCCAAACGAUCGUGAUUAUGCGGAAUUAGUCGAGGCUGUUCGAAGUGAUGAUUGGAAAACUGCAAUAGAUUUCCUCGAGCGACACCCAGAUGCAUUGACAGCAACAAUAUUUUUAAACGGUAGGACGGUUCUUCACGCUGCCGUUAGAUCUGAACUGUCGAAAUUAGACGACAUAGCAUCAAUAGUGCAGACGUUGGUGGAUAUGAUUUCGAAACGAAAGUUGCCAUUAACAAUUCAAACUGAUGCGGGCUUUACAGUUCUACAUGACGCAAUUAUUAGUGGGAAUGAACGAAUCGUAGAUUGCCUGAUUAGAAAUAACGAGGAGUUAGUGAGCAUUAGAAAUAAUGGGGUAGACCUUCCAGUUGUUGUGGCCAUGCGAUUUGGGCAUAAAAAAUUGGCUCGCGAUCUCUUUUCUCGCACUCCGGACAGACUUCUGCUGGAAGAACAAGGCCGCCAGGGUUGUCUACUUCUUACUCGCGCUAUCAAUAACAGAGACACAGAUAUGGCUUUGGAUUUAAUGAAGAAGUGUCCUAGUUUGGCUCUUGCCAUGGACCCAAAUGAUUUUGCUUCUCCUUUGAUCGCAUUGGCUGGUCUGACUGACGUAUUCGAAAGUGGAAAUCGGCUCGUGUUUUGGAAACGUUGGAUCUACAAUCAUUGUAUACACAUUUCAUGUGCUAGUGCUCCCGAACAAGUCUGUUUGAACAUUCAAAAUGGUCAUGAAGAAGAAACUAUCAGAUCAGUGAGAGCUCGAUUGCGCCAACUCUUGAACCUGUUGGGAUUCAAGCGUUUAUAUGAAAUGAAGAUGGUACAUGCCCAAUUCCAACAACUUCUACAUCAAAUGUGUAAAGUGAUUGCAACUAGUACUACAAGAGUACCAGAUCCUGAUUUAUUCAGGAGGAGUUCUACGACAGCAAUGUUCCGUGCUGUCAGUGCAGGGAACUUUGAGUUUGUUUAUUGUAUGGGCAAAGCAAAUUCAGAAUUGUUAGAGUUUGCUUAUGGUAAAAGAAGGAGCAUAUUCCACUCCGCUGUCGAAUAUCGCCAACCAAGGAUCUUUAGCCUAUUAUACAGCUUAAAAAAGAGGGAUGCUGCACUGAAUUUGGUAGAUGUGUCCAAGAAUACCAUAUUACACAUGGCGGGAAAGCUAUCAAGAGAGACUCCGAUUCAACACAUAACAGGUGCAGCUUUGCAAAUGCAAAAAGAAAUGCAAUGGUUUAAGGAGGUGGAAAGCAUUUGCCCUCCAUUUUGUAAGGAACAUUUAAAUACACAUGGUUUGAAUCCCAGACAGUUGUUUACGAAUAAACACCAAGAAUUGAGGAAAGAGGGAGAGCGAUGGAUGAAGGACACAGCAACUUCUUGUACUGUGGUGGGUGCUCUCAUUAUUACCAUCAUGUUUGCAGCAGCAUUUACUAUUCCUGGAGGUAACAACCAAAAUACAGGCUUCCCAAUGCUCGCGCAUGAAAACCUAUUUAAACUCUUCAUAAUAGUUGAUUCACUAUCGCUAUUUUCUUCCACGAUUUCAGUAUUGAUGUUUUUGGGAAUCCUCACAUCACGUUAUGAAGAAGACUUUCUUAUAUCCUUGCCAAGAAAGAUGAUUAUAGGCCUUUUCACUCUCUUCUUCUCUAUUGUAACCAUGAUGAUUGCCUUUUCUACCGCUCUUUUACUUAUGUUUCAUGGACAACACAGGAUCGUCGUUCCUAUCAUUGGUUUGGCUAGUGUUCCCAUUAUUCUAUUUGUAUUGAUACAAUUUCACCUUCUUGUUGACAUGCUUAUUUCAACCUAUGGACAAGGCAUCAUUGAUAAGAAAAUAAAGCCUUGGUUUUAACUUUUUACCUUA